UGGAAUCCUCUCCCCCGUAACCAAACGGGAGUCCUUCCGAAACAGCCGACCACCCUCACAGACGCCAGCCACAGUUCCCACCCAACCCGAAUCGAUUCGAAUCACCGCGGACCAAACCCUAGCUCUCUACCACCCCACCCCAGCCAUGGCGCCGCCGGCGGCGGCGGGGCCCGGCGACGACGGUCUCCGAAAGCUGGAGUACCUCUCCCUCGUCUCGAAGGUAUGCUCCGAGCUCGAGACCCACAUCGGCGUCGGCGACAAGGUCCUGGCCGAGUUCAUCACGGAACUCGGCCGCGACUCCGCCACCGUCACCGAGUUCGACGCCCGGCUCAAGGAGAAGGGCGCCGACUUCCCCGACUACUUCGUCCGCACGCUCCUCACCAUCAUCCAAGCCAUUCUCCCGCCUUCCUCCUCCAACCCUAGCUCCGCCGCCGUCGCCGCGGGCCCCGCCGGCGCAGAGGCGUCCAAGUUCCCCGGGCUCGCCCGCCCCGACGACCCCGACCACGCUCGCAACCUCCGCCUCGAGCUCGAGCGGGACGCCGAUGCGGCCGCCCCUGCCCCCACCAGGGACGACCGUGACCGCCGCCGCGAUGGGAGAGGCCGUGACCGGGACUACGACCGCGGCGGCCGUGGCCGGGACUAUGACCGCGGCGGCCGUGACCAUGACCGUGACCGCGGUGGCCGGGACCACCGUGACCAGGACCGUGAUCGCAGCGGCAGGGACAGGGAUCGAGGCCGUGACCAUGAGUAUGCCCGUGACAGGGACCGGGACCGUGGCCGAGACCGUGAUGGGGAUCGGUAUCGGGACCGAGACAGCGGAAGGGACAGAGACAUGGAGAGGGAUAGAGAGAGAGAUCGUGGGAGGAGCAGGAGGUAUGAAGAAGAGGAGGAAGAGGACAGAGGUGUUGGGGGAAGGGGGAGGGAGGUUGCUGCUUCGAAUCCCAGUGGCGAGCCAGAGCUCUACCAGGUUUACCGAGGGAGGGUGACCCGGGUAAUGGACACCGGGUGCUUUGUCAGGCUUGAGGAUGUGCGCAGUGGCCGCGAGGGACUUGUGCAUGUCUCACAGAUGGCGAGCAGGCGGGUGGCAAAUGCGAAGGAGUUAGUGAAGCGUGACCAGGAGGUGUAUGUCAAGGUAGUAUCAGUGAAGGGGCAGAAGUUGAGUUUGUCGAUGCGGGAUGUGGAUCAGGAUACAGGGAAGGACCUCCUGCCAAUGCAGCGUGGUGCUGAUGAUGCGCCAAGGGCGAACCCAUCUGGUGGCGUUGGUGGUGCCAUGGGUUCUGGCAAGAGGUUGGGUCUGUCGGGCAUUGUGAUCACGGAGGAGGAUGAGGCCGCGCCAACAUCACGGCGGCCGCUCAAGCGUAUGAGCUCUCCGGAGAGAUGGGAGGCAAAGCAGCUGAUUGCUUCUGGUGUUCUGGAUGUGAGGGAUUACCCAAUGUUUGAUGAGGAUGGGGAUGGCAUGAUGUACCAGGAGGAAGGUGCAGAGGAAGAGCUUGAGAUCGAGCUUAAUGAGGAUGAACCAGCAUUCUUGCAGGGACAGAGCAGAUUUUCAAUUGAUAUGUCGCCUGUAAAGAUAUUCAAGAAUCCUGAGGGUUCACUGAGCCGAGCAGCGGCCCUGCAGACUGCCCUCAUAAAGGAGCGUCGUGAGGUCCGAGAGCAGGAGCAGAGAGCCAUGUUGGAUUCGAUCCCCAAGGAUCUGAAUCGACCAUGGGAGGACCCUAUGCCUGAUACAGGUGAGCGGCACCUUGCACAGGAGCUGAGAGGUGUUGGCCUUUCAGCUUAUGACAUGCCAGAGUGGAAAAAGGAGGCAUAUGGAAAGGCUUUAACUUUUGGGCAAAGGUCAAAGCUUUCAUUACAAGAGCAGAGGCAGUCUCUUCCUAUCUACAAGUUGAAGAAGGAGCUUAUUCAAGCUGUACAUGACAAUCAAGUUCUGGUUGUUAUUGGAGAGACAGGUUCUGGGAAGACAACUCAGGUGACACAAUAUUUGGCUGAGGCAGGUUAUACCACCAGGGGUAAAAUUGGGUGCACUCAGCCUCGGAGGGUUGCUGCAAUGUCUGUUGCAAAGAGAGUGGCAGAGGAAUUUGGGUGCCGGUUGGGAGAGGAAGUUGGCUAUGCCAUCCGUUUUGAGGACUGUACUGGGCCAGACACAGUGAUAAAAUACAUGACUGAUGGUAUGCUUCUGCGUGAGAUUCUUGUUGAUGAGAACCUUUCCCAAUAUUCUGUUAUCAUGCUCGAUGAAGCCCAUGAGAGGACAAUCCACACAGAUGUGCUCUUUGGUUUGCUGAAACAACUUAUUAAGCGCAGAUCUGACAUGAGGCUUAUUGUUACCUCAGCCACCCUUGAUGCUGAGAAGUUCUCAGGAUAUUUCUUUAAUUGUAACAUCUUCACAAUUCCUGGAAGAACAUUCCCAGUGGAGAUACUCUACACAAAACAACCUGAGAGCGAUUACUUGGAUGCAGCAUUGAUUACUGUUCUGCAGAUUCAUUUGACAGAGCCAGAAGGAGACAUCCUUCUUUUCUUGACAGGACAAGAGGAGAUUGACCAUGCCUGCCUAUGUCUGUAUGAGAGGAUGAAGGGGUUAGGCAAGGAUGUUCCAGAGCUCAUAAUUUUGCCUGUGUAUAGUGCCCUUCCUAGUGAGAUGCAAUCAAAGAUCUUUGACCCAGCUCCACCUGGCAAGAGGAAAGUUGUUGUGGCCACCAAUAUUGCUGAGGCUUCUUUGACAAUCGAUGGCAUAUACUAUGUUGUGGAUCCUGGUUUUGCCAAGAUCAAUGUGUACAAUUCGAAACAGGGGCUUGACUCAUUGGUUAUCACUCCAAUCUCGCAAGCAUCUGCGAAACAGAGAGCUGGGCGCGCUGGGCGUACUGGACCUGGCAAGUGUUAUCGUCUAUACACUGAAAGUGCCUACCGUAAUGAAAUGCCCCCCACGACCAUUCCAGAAAUUCAGAGGAUCAACUUGGGGUCUACAGUACUUAAUAUGAAGGCAAUGGGUAUAAAUGACCUAUUAUCCUUUGAUUUUAUGGACCCCCCAGCACCUCAAGCACUGAUUUCUGCCAUGGAACAGUUGUAUAGCCUUGGUGCUCUUGAUGAAGAGGGCCUUCUAACCAAACUGGGGAGGAAAAUGGCAGAAUUCCCAUUGGACCCACCACUUUCGAAGAUGCUACUAGCCAGUGUUGACCUUGGGUGCAGUGAUGAGAUACUGACUAUCAUAGCAAUGAUUCAAACAGGGAACAUAUUCUACAGGCCACGAGAAAAACAGGCUCAAGCUGAUCAAAAAAGGGCUAAAUUUUUCCAGCCAGAGGGGGAUCAUCUUACUCUUCUUGCUGUAUACGAGGCUUGGAAGGCAAAAAACUUUUCUGGUCCCUGGUGUUUUGAGAACUUUGUUCAAUCAAGAUCAUUGAGGAGAGCACAGGAUGUGAGGAAGCAACUUCUCACUAUCAUGGACAGAUAUAAACUUGAUGUUGUCUCUGCUGGGAAAAACUUCACAAAGAUAAGGAAAGCGAUUACCGCUGGCUUCUUUUUCCAUGCUGCAAGGAAGGAUCCCCAGGAGGGAUACAGAACCUUGGUUGAAAACCAGCCAGUGUACAUCCACCCCAGCAGCGCUUUGUUCCAGAGGCAGCCAGACUGGGUCAUCUAUCACGAGCUCGUGAUGACGACCAAGGAGUACAUGAGGGAGGUGACUGUGAUUGAUCCUAAAUGGCUGGUUGAGCUUGCGCCAAGGUUUUACAAGGGUGCAGACCCCACCAAGAUGAGCAAAAGGAAAAGGCAGGAGAGAAUUGAACCCCUGUACGAUAGAUACCACGAGCCCAACUCUUGGCGCCUUAGCAAGCGCAGAGCUUGAUUGUAACUGUAACGGUGUACUGUAUGUUCUUUAUCGCUGGUGGAUCAGAUUCAAGCUGACAAUUUUGUUAGAACUGUAAAUAUUUUUUUCCCGUGCGUCUUUGUAGGGCAAAUGAAUUGGCAGUAAUGUAGCAGAAGUUAGUGGUGCUAUCGUACUAACGGUCUACUGAUGAAGUGGUUCAGUUUUGUUCUCUUGUCUACAUAAAAUGGACAAGCAA